AUGCAUCUCGCGCAACUGAGCGUGAUACCGCUGCUGCUAAAUACUGCGGCAGCUGUCUUCGCCGAUGAGGCUUACAGCCUGGACUACCACUACGAGCUUCUGGGCACGCCAAAGGAAGACACGACUUUCUUCCAUCAGCCCAAUUCGCACUCACGGGCCUCUCUCAUCUAUACACUAUCCGAAAGUGGCGUAUUAGGAGCAGUCAAUCCCAAGGACGGUGCUCUUCUUUGGCGUCAGCCCUUGGCGCCCAACGUCACCUCCUCGAAUGCCAGCUUUCUUCGGGCUUCCGAUGGUCAGGAUAUCGUUUUGAGCGGCAUUGGCGAGCAAGUGGCAGCAUGGAGCGCCGCAGACGGUCGACUUGUCUGGAGCCAAGGCGUUUCUGGCCAGAUAGAGGACCUUGAAAUCCUCGAGUUGAGCGAUGGUCUCCAGACCCCGGGUGUCAAAGACGCCAUUGUAAUGAGCAGCGGCUAUCAUUCCGCAAUACAACGUCUAGACGGAUCAUCUGGAGCUGUCAAGUGGAUGCACGCGAUAGGAAGUGGGGACCUGCCUUACCAAGUCUCUGCAUCAGACACCCAGGUGUUCGGCAUUUUUCUGCACAAGACUAUGCUUGGUAACAUCAAGAUCAGAGUCAUUGCCCUGGACCCUGUCACGGGACGCAAGAACGACGAGUACACGCUCAGCUCCGAUAGUGACCUCACAUCGGCAGACACCAUUGUGUCUGUCGGUGCCAAUUCCGCUUCUCCUAUCAUCGCAUGGACGGAUUCGGCCUACUCGGUUUUGAAAGUCAACAUCAUCGGCUCGAAGAGCGUCGCUUCCUUCAACAUCGACAAGCACAACAGCAACAACGUCAAAUGCGUUCGUCUUCAUGCACCUUCCCACCCAAACUCGAGGGCUCAUUUCCUCGUACAUUACGAGACCGAAAUCUCACAUUGGGGUGAAGUGUUCCAUGUCGAUGUUGAGAAGAACAAGGUUGAAAAGGCAUAUGCUCUCCCUAAGACGAGUGGGAGUGGUGCAUUCUCGACAAGCACCUCUGACGCAAACGUCUACUUCACCAGAAUCACUCGCGGCCAAGUCAUGACCGUUUCAUCCGUGUCCCAUGGCGCUUUGGGCAGAUGGCAGCUCUCAGACUACAGUGUCGCCGCAAAUGAAGAGACUGAACCCAUACAUGCCGUUUCGGAAGUUUCCGUGAGAGGCGAUUCGGUCUCUGCGCUCCGAUCGGCAGUCUUCCUAUCCUCCGGUGACUGGAUCUUGGUCAGGGAAGGCACUCCGAUUUGGCAGAGGCCGGAAGUCUUAGCUAACACGGUCGCGGCGACAUUUGCAACGCCUCCAGAGGUCGAAGCUUUUGCCCAUGAACUGGAGAUCGAAGCUCACAGUAAUCCAAUUCAAGCAUAUGUCCACCGGGUGAAACGGCACGUCUUGGAUUGGCAGCGUCUUCCCCAGGUCUUGAGCGCUCUACCUCAGAGCAUCAGGAAUGGCCUCUUUGGAACAACGGCCGACAGCGGUCUAACACGUGACACUUUCGGUUUCCACAAGGUCAUCGCAUGUGCUACCAAAGAUGGCCGAGUCAUUGCGCUGGAUGCUGGGAACCCCAGCAGAAUCCUCUGGAGUAAACAAGCCGUGACCUUGACACCUGGAGAAUCCUGGAAGCCAAGUUUCAAAGCCGCGUCUGACGGAGUCCUCGUCAUUGAGUCGGGACCCAGCUCUCCCGGUGUAAAGCUCAACGCAUCGACCGGAGAAGACGUUGUUCAAACCGCGGAUCUGAAGGGCAGCAGUCUGCCUCUGGGCAGUGUGCAGUUCACCAUUCGAGAUAGCGAGCUCGAGGCUACGAGGGUUGGCGGUGCAGCUUUGGGCGCGCUCUGGCACUUCGUUCCACCGAAUGGAGAGCGUAUAUUGAGCUUGGUGCCUAGGCCAGUGAACGACCCUGUCGCUUCCAUUGGAAAGGUUCUUGGAGAUCGCCGAGUAUUGUACAAGUAUCUCAGCCCAAAUAUGGCAUUGCUGGUCACGACUCUGGAUGAAUCACGGUCUGCAUCGUUUUACGUGCUAGACACUGUAUCUGGCGCGACACUGUAUGCCGACACGCAUACCGAUGUGGACUUGAGCGCACCAAUUCCAACCAUCAUGUCGGAGAAUUGGUUUGCCUACUCAUACACAUCAGAAUCUAGUGACGACACUCCUAAAGGCACCUAUUUGGUCGUCGCAGAGAUGUUCGAGUCUCUAGUGCCUAACGAUCGAGGACCACUCGGUGAAAAGACGAAUUCGUCCACUCUGGAGACUCCGCCGGAGCCAUUUGUGCUUUCCAAAUCCUAUCAGAUACCGGAGACGAUCUCCAAACUCGCCGUGACCCAAACAAAGCAGGGCAUCACAUCUCGACAGAUAUUAGCCGUACUAGCUGACUCCAGCUCAAUCGUGGGUAUUCCUUACGGCAUUGUUGAUCCUCGACGACCUUUUGGCAGAGAUCCCACGAAAGACGAACAAGCCGAAGGCCUGGUCAAGUACGCGCCGACGAUUGAGUUCGAUCCGAAAUGGUAUCUUAACCAUCGACGAGAAGUUUUGGGAAUCAAGGAUAUAAUUCUCAGUCCAGCUUUGAUUGAGAGCACCAGCUUAGUCUUCGCUUACGGACUGGACAUAUUUGGUACGAGGCUGAGCCCGAGUUUCAGCUUCGAUAUCUUGGGCAAAGACUUCAACAAGUUCCAGAUGCUGGCUACUGUGGCUGCACUAGCUGUGGGAACAUUUAUUGUAGCGCCUUUGGUGAGUGGUGCCUGCUUAACAAGAUAUCACGACGUGACUGACCUGCAACUAGGUGUCCCGAAAGCAAGUGAACGCUAGAUGGCAGUUCGCUUGA